AUGCACCGAUCUCCUUACUUCGGCGUCGCGAAGGCGGCGCCGCGCGUGACGGUUGUGGCUAGCUGGCGCCGCUUGUGUCUGGUGGCGGGCGUGGGUGCAGCCAGUGCGCAGCGAAGCCCGCUCGGCUGGGCAAUGGGCAGCUCGCAGCGUUUGGCCGCUGUGGCGGCCGUGUCCCACGCGAAACACUACUACAACCACACCCAACCGGUCGUCACGCACACAGAGGCGGCACAUUAUAAUGUUAACGUCUUCUUCGUCAGUGCAACACUUUGCGGGGUGCUGGUGGCGGUAUGCGCCGCUUGCUGGCGACGCUCCCCCGCCGCGGACAAACCGGACGACGUAAUCGAGUGCCGCGGAGUCUACACGGUCAGCAACGACGCACGCUUACAGGUACUGGAAGAACUGCCAGGCCCACCGCCUGCUUAUGAGUCCGUUGUCGAAGGCGCUUCGGAACCAAAGCCCUGUCACACACUGCAGGAGAUGAUUACGGAGCCCUGCGUUCGUUGUCAAGGGGGUCCUAACGACGGCGGGCUGCCGUCAUACGAGGCUGCUGUAUUACUGCGCGACACCAAACUA